UGCGUCGAGGAUUGCUUGGAGGACAUGGAUGAGUGCGAGCAACUGUGUCUGGCGGCGCGGGGCGGCGACGCCGACAAACUCCGAGCUCUGAUAGAUUCCGGAGCUGAUGUUUCUCAUUUCGACGUUGAGGGCCUUACCCCUCUUAUGCACGCAGCCAAGCAUGGCCAUGCCGACGUUGUUAAAACCCUUCUGGAUGCUGGUGCGCCAUGGAAUGCGCUCUCUCCUUCCAAUCUUUCUGCUGGGGAUUUUUCUCUCGAGGCUGGUCACCAGGAGGUCUUCCAAAUCCUUCUUAAUGCGGGGAUUCAAGCCGAAUUGGUUCUUGGGACCAUUGCUAGGAAAGAAAGCCAGAAUGAUGUAUGCAAUGGGGAGUACUUGGAAGAUAGAGUUACUUUUAGUGAAGAUAAGGUGAUGGAUGCUGAAAGCAAAGCUGUCAUGAUGGCUUGGGAAAAACCAUUGAUGGAAGCUCAUGCUAAGGCUAUUUGCAUGGGUGGUGGUCACGUACUGAACGUUGGAUUUGGAAUGGGCCUAGUGGACACAGCCAUUCAACAAUACUCGCCCACUACACAUACAAUUGUUGAGGCUCACCCAGAAGUUUAUAAACGCAUGAUUGAAACUGGUUGGGCUGAUAAGAACAAUGUGAAAAUUAUAUUUGGUCGUUGGCAAGACGUUCUGCCUCAACUUGAAUCUUAUGAUGGUAUUUUCUUCGAUACAUAUGGAGAAUACUAUGAAGACUUGAGAGAGUUCCACCAACAUCUUCCUAAAUUGUUAAAGCCUGGGGGAAUCUACUCAUUCUUUAAUGGUCUUUGUGGAGGUAAUGCAUUUUUCCAUGUUGUUUAUUGUAAUAUAGUUUCUCUUGAACUAGAAAAUCUGGGCUACUCCACCCAAUUCAUUCCCUUACCCGUCAAGGAUUGUUUGGAGGAAGAUGUCUGGAAAGGAGUUCAGCACAAAUAUUGGCAACUUGAUACAUAUUACCUUCCUGUUUCUCAGUCUGCUCAAGACUCUGAAUCAUAAAAUUAGUCUGAUUGUGUCUGUAAUGGCUGAAGGAAAAUAUUGGACAUUCAAUUUUCAAGACCAAGGAAAUUGAAGUUAUGAUAUAUUGUGUUUUUUUUUCUGGAAAGUUGUUCCAUAACUUUACAAUUAAUGCAUAUGGGACCUAAAUUGCCACGAAGAGGUCCUCCCACUUCAUGGAUUGAGAAAACUCACACACAUAGAUUCAUAGCUUUACAACCUGCUUGCUUGCUUGCCUACUCAGGCGGCUAAUUAAAUAGUGGAAAAAAGUUCCAAUGAUUCAUUUUAACAAGCAGGUAUGAAAUUUAAAUCUCCUCAAUGUCAUAGCCGCUGGAUAUUUAUUUGAAGGUUUCUUCCUUAUGAGUGCCUACUUUCAGAAUAGCUUCAUCCUAAGUAAUCGUUCUCUUGUCGGUAUAGUUGGCUACUUUGUAACAUCCUUAGCCGCUCGAUAUUAAUUCUCCGAAGUGCCUACUUUCUGAAUAGCUUCAUCCUAUUUAAUUGUUCUCUUGUCGGUAUAGUUGGUUACUUUGUAACAUUGAUACAGAUAGCAUUUUUAUACGAAAAAGAGAUUCAAAGUCAAUAAGUUGAUGCAUUUCAUGCAUCUCUUACAAA